AUGGAGGCUGAGCACAAGUACAUGCGGAUCCAGCUGAAGAAAGAACAGCAUCGACUCCUCGACUGGGGCUAUGUCGCCGGUGUGAAUGUGCGUGACGAUGCGCUUGUCAUCAGCAGCUCGGACAAGGGCCUACUGCACGACCUGCUCGAGCAGCAACAGGACUUCUUGUUGGGCUUCGGCCGGUACGAGGCACGCUAUAAAAAGCCUUUCGAGAAGCUGCGCAAGCCCUUGAUCGUCGAAGAAGUCGACGAUGUGGAGGGUGACGAAGCGAUGGUGGGGGAGGCCGGCAGCCCCCGACUGCUGCAGGCCGCGGACACGGACUCCCAGACGCGCUUCCCAGAGGGAGAAGAGCUCUUAAAAAAGGCGCUGGGCUGGGCCAAGGGCGUGAGAACCUUUCCGAAACGCCUGCGAUGGGCCGCCUUCGACAAGGAGAAGAUGGAGCAGUUGCUGCUCAGAUUGUCGUCGCUCAACGACUACCUACGAGAGCUCCUCUCCGCCCAACAGCUGAAUCACUUGAACAUGCGACAAGAACGGACUUAUUACCAGAUCAUCCAGCUGAACGACAAGAUGGAUCAACUGAUCGAGAUCGUUAAGGCGGGUAAGGAAUGGUCGCAUCUGACCGGCGCAAUGCCUGCGCAGAACCCGUCUGCUUUGAUUCAAGGACGAGCAAAUUCAGCCUUUUGGUUGAAGGAGUUGCUGCAAGACCUCCCACCAGCGUCUCUAUCUCGAGUGGAAUCGAUGGAGUAUAUAAGGGAGGAAUCGCGCCGAGGCUCGAACAAUAGAAGUCUAACAUGGCUGGCUCAGUUCAAAGCCCUCGAAACGGCCAUCAGCGGGGACUCGCUGACGGAAGAACGGGCAGUCGACCUCCAGUUAGAAAUACCCGCAAGCGCAGUUACUGAUGUCGAGCUGUCCCGGGAGGAUAUAGUGUUUCUGGAUUUUGACGACGACGAUGAGAACAGGCGAAUGGAAGCAAGGUUCCGGGGGAAGAGGGUGUGGAUCGAAUUUAAGACGUACGAGCCACGAGUCUUCGACGGUCAGCCGGAUCCCAAGGUCACCAACCGGAUCAAAGCGCUUGUUGCGCUGCUCAAGGAAAACAACCGUUCACGCCAGUUUCGUGCGCCCAGAUGUCUUGGAUACUUCCGUGAUAUCGACCCAGACACUGAAGAAGAUCGUUACCGAUUCGGCAUUGUGUUCGAGAAACCCUCAUUUGUAUCGCAGUCCACUAAGCCGAUAAGCUUGCUGGACUUGUUACGGGCAACAGAGAGAGGGAUAAUGGAGAUGCCCAGUCUGACCGACCGAGUGCAGCUGGCUAAGGUCAUCACGGAAGCUUUGGAAAGGUUGCAUGCAGUCAACUGGCUGCACAAAGGGCUUCGGAGCGAGAACAUUAUAUUCUUCAGCGACGAGAUCGAACCAGAGGACCUCGAAUCGUACGGCAUGGGCGAACAAGACGAGCCAAUUCCACCAGCCGUCGACUUCUCGAAGCCCUACCUGUCAGGCUUCGAUUAUUCACGCCCAGCCCAGAACGAAGACUUGACAGAGAAGCCACCGGAGAACGCGGAAUAUGAUCUUUACCGUCAUCCGUCGGUCCAGGGCAGCAGAGGUAGCAUAGACAAUGCGGCCAACUUCCAGAAGACAUUCGAUAUCUAUGCCCUCGGAAUCAUUCUCCUUGAGAUCGCCUAUUGGCAGCCAAUUGACCACAUCCUCAAUGUCGAUCUACCCAGGGCUCGUCCGUCCACGACACUGAGGGUUCGUCAACGCCUUCUCGAUGAGCGCAAACUUUUAGCCCACGUGAAGUCGAAUGCGGGCGUUGUACUGGAGCAGGCGGUACGAGCAUGCCUAGUCGGUGAAGAGGCGCUCAUUGAUAGUUGGAAAUAUGGCGGAUUCGACGAGAAGAACCCAAACCAAGCAGCCCAGCUGCAGAGAGGGUUUUACGAGCGUGUCGUAGAGAAGCUAGCUGAUGUAAAGGUCUAG